AUGCAUCUCCCCCCAGCUCCAGCUCCAACCGAAGCCCCCUCCCUCGAGAUCCGCCAGCUUGACUUCCACAUCCUUACACAAACCCUCAUCCGAGCAUCCACCACCAUCGUCACAACCAUCACGCUCGGUACCAUCGAGCCAGUUGCCACAGAGACCAUCGCUGUCGUGCCUCUGCCAGUCUCCCACCACCAUGGCCUCUCGAGUGGCCAAAUCGGCGCCAUCCUCGGCUCCGUAGUCGGCGUUGUCGUCCUGCUCCUCAUCGGCGGCUUCUGCUACGUCGGACAGCGAAGAAUGCCAAUCACAUACGAGGAGGAGGAGAAGAAGAAGAAGACAAAGAAGAAGGGGAGCAGCAGCUCUCGCACCACCCGUGGUAUAUACGAAUACACAGAAGAAGCAGUAUACUACGUACCCCCUAGAAGGAAGCCGUCGUCAAGAAGGGCCAGCGUUGUGGUUCAGGUUCAGGAACCCGAAGUCGCUGUCGUCACCGAGAGGAUUCCCGGAGGCCCAAAGUUUCCUACAUACCGGGCAAUCCCGAUAUCAAAUCCUCGAAAUCCUCAAAUUUGGCGCUCAGGAUGA